AUGCUGCUGUCGUAUUUGGCGUACCGGAGCGCUUGCCUGAAAAAGCAGAGGGACAGGCAGGCGCAGAUCGACGCGCUCCCGAGCGAGUACCACGCGCCCAUCACCCCAUUCGACGUCAACAUCCUCGACAAGCCCGUCUCAGACAUCGUCGCGCAGGUCCAGACCGGCAAGCUCUCCCCCCAGCACGUCCUGACCGCCUACGGCAAGAAGGCGCUGAAAGCACAGGCAGAGCUGAACUGUCUGACGGAGGUCCUCCUCUCUGACGCGCAGGUGUGGGCGGAGGAGUGCAACCGCAAGGGGCCCCUGGCGGGCAUGCCGGUGAGCCUGAAGGAUAUGGUGAACGUGCGGGGCUACGACUCGUGCCUGGGGUACGCGGCGUGGGUGGGCAAGCCGGCGGAGAGGGACUCGGCGAUCGUGAGGCUGCUAAGGGAUGCAGGCGCGGUGCCGUUCGUGAAGACGCAGAUUCCGAUCACGCUGCUGUCGUACGAGAGCGCGUCGGACGCGCUGGGUGUCGCGGAGAACCCGCACAAGAAGGGGUACUCGCCCGGCGGGUCGACUGGGGGUGAAGCGGCGCUGCUUGCGUACGGAGGAAGCAGGAUCGGGAUUGGGUCGGAUGUCGCAGGGAGCGUGAGGGUGCCCUCGCAUUAUUCGGGGGUGUAUACUAUAAAGUCGUCGACGACGAGGUUUAUUCGGAGAGAUACGUCUACGAGCAAUGCGGGGCAAGAGGGGGUGCUGGCUGUGUUUUCGCCUAUGGCGAGGACGUUAGAUGAUUUGGAGUACUUCUGGAAGGCUAUCAUGAGCAUGAAUCCUUGGAAGUAUGAUCAUACCGUUAUUGAGCUGCCCUGGCGGGAAGUGCGACUUCCGGAGAAGAAAGUAAAGUUCGGCGUUAUGUGGACGGAUGGCGUUGUCACUCCAUCUCCUGCGUGUCAUCGUGCCUUACGGGAUGUGGUAUCUAGCCUCAGAGACAAUGGGUAUCAAGUAGUCCCUAUCAACCCUCCCUCUCCCUAUGAGGGAUUCAAAAUCGCGUCUGCCCUCAUUGCUGAUGCAUGCGAAGUCGCCUGCCGAAAGGUGAUGCCCUGGGAGAACAACGACCCCGGCAUGAAACAAGCCAUGGCGCUCUACCGUCUGCCGCGCUGGCUCAAACGCAUCUACGCGUGGUACCUGCGCUACAUCCGGCGCGACGACGUCUACGCGGGGCUCGUCGAGGGCUGGCACAGCAAGAGCGCGCAGGAGAUCUUCGCUCUCGUCGCGAAGCGCGAGGAGUACCGCGCGCGGUGGUUUGACUUCUGGAACGAGACGGGCAUCGAUUUCGUGCUGACAUGCCCGAAUGCGAUGCCCGCGGUGCCGCAUCGCGGGAUGAGGGAUGCGUUUACAAAUUGCUUGUAUAGUUUCUUAUUUAAUUUGCUGGAUUACCCGGCGGGCGUGAUGCCCGUUACGCGCGUAGAUAGGGAGCUGGACAGCCUCGAUCCGAAGUUCAGACCGCGCAACGUCAUCGAAGCGGGCGCGUACAAGCUGUACGACGCGGAGAAAAUGCACGGCCUGCCCGUGGGCGUGCAGAUGGUCGGGCGCCGGCUGCAGGAGGAGAAGGUUAUGGAGGGUAUGAAGCUGAUCCAGCGGCUUUUGGUUCACGACGGGAAGGAGUACGAGUUGCUGCACACGUAG